AUGGCCGGCGGCUCCGCCGAAGAGGCCGCCGCGUUGAUGAAGAGUGCCGAGAAGCACUCGCAAAAGAAACUCUUCAGACGGCCCGACUGGGACACGGCGGCAAAUGAGUACGAGAAGGCCGCGAGGAUAUACACCUUCCUGGAAGACACGACCCGGGCGAGCGACGCCUGGCGCAAGGCGUCUGAGACGCACCAAAAGGCCGAAAACAAAUACUUUGCGGCACUCGCGAUGGAGAAUCUUGCCAUAUUCCUGGCGGAGCAGGCCCGGAAGGGCAUUGCGGGCCGUGCGUCUCUCCUUAACACUGCCGUUGAGGUCUACUGUGAGGCGUCUAAACUCUACGCGCUCAACGACAUGUUUGACAGGCAGGCAGACACAUUGAAGAAGGCGGCUGAGGUCAUCGACCCGACAACGGCUCUUGCGGCUGCCCCCUCGGAGGAGGUGGACGGGGCGAAACUGCAGCAGGAACGGCAGCAACGAGUGCAGCAAGUGGCUGGUUUUUUCCGUGAGGGGGUGGAUGUGCUGGAGGAGCACAUUGAGGAUAAGCCGGUUCUUGCGACGCAGCUGCCCGAGCUGUACCGCAGCUGGAUGUUGACGCACCUCCACAACGGCGACGUGAAGGGCGCAGUGGAGGUGUUGGAGCAGGAGCUUGGCAUCCGCACCGAUCCCCGCAAGAAGGGCAUAUUUGAGCGACUGGGCCAGCCACACAGAUCCGCAAAGGUUGGGUUAGAAAUUAUCGUGUUGUGCCUUUCCUGCGGAGACGAGGUGUGGGCGGCGCAGGAGAUGAAUAAACUGCGGAGUGUUGCCGGUUUUCUCACUUCAAAGGAGGAGGCAACCGCAAACGCGCUCCUCGCCUCCUUUGAGGACCGCGAUGAGGAGCAGCUGCAGGCCGCGGUAAAGGAUCAGACGUUGCAGUUCAUCACCAUUGACAUCUCAAGGACUGCAAGGAAACUAAAGCUUCGAUUUAGUGCCCCGCAAAGAACUGAAGUGGCUGCUGCUGCGGCAGCGUCUUCGCCGCAACAGUCACUCGGUGAACUGCAGCCGGAACCGCAACAGCUGGAGGCUGAGAUCGACCCAGAGGAGGAUAUACGUUAA